CUUCUUGCUAUUGACAAACAUAAGCUUCUUCGGGUUCAAACAAAACUGUGAUAAAAACAGAGCUAGAGCUAAUUUGUGAAUAUUUUACUAACUUCCAGUAUUUCAUUAUGGAGCCUUGUCCAUUACAGAAACAGAUCGAAACAACUAAUGACACGAUAGCAUCUUUACGCGAACGCCUCCGAAGGUUGGAAUUAAACUUGAAGGAUCCCAGCGUUGCCGAAGAUCGAAGGCGCGAGAUGACCCUGGAGCUGAAGGAAAUCGCCAAACUGCUGGAAACAACCGAAGAGCAGUUGAAGAAAAUGCACAAGGAAAAUUCCAAGUCUUUUGCGGUGGCGGCUUGUUUGUUCUUCAUCUGUUUCUUGGUGUAUGGGUUGUACGUGCUAGUGAACGGGGUAUGACUGAUAGAACCGAAAUAUAGCACUCGAAACGAAACUGCGGUGUGUCCAGUCAUGUUCAUUAGUAAGCAAGCUUACCACUUCUCAUAACUUUAUUUCUUUUGUGUAGUAUCCGCUCGAAAUGACUCAAUUAUGUAUAGUAAAUGAACUUGUCUCUUAUGGCUAAUGU